AUGAUUUGGUCUGAGGUCCGAGGAGGCGAUCUCCCCAUCAUCUUCAUCCGCCUGUUCGAGCUCCUAUAUCUUAGUCUGUCUGCAGCCAACUAUCUCUUCAACUUUGUCAUUCUCCCCGUCGACCAAGCACAAAAUGCACUGGGUGACGGGCUUACCGCCCUCGCUAUAUUCUCUGUUGCCUCGACACUUUCCCUUCUCUGUAUAUGCACCCGUCUCGGCCACCGUACCUCUCAUUUGGAAAGAGCUGCCGUUAUAGUCUUGAUGGCCGUGGCAGCUUCCGCAUUUGUUUAUGUCCAGUUCUUUUACGAUACGUGGAUAGCUCGAGUCUAUUUUGUGAUCCUGAUCUUCACGGCGGUGCAGUGCCUGUCUCACGGCGUCAAUUUUCGUGAGGGCACAUUUUUCGACUUUCCGUUCAUCUGCCUGGGCUAUGGGAUAAUAGUCCUGGCCCCUGCUAUGCAUGCGGGCUUGUGGUCGUCCACCUGUCGACAGGCGUUGUUACCGUCGUACCUCGUCUACGUUGGCCUCAAUGCGCUGGGGGGCCUUAACCUCAUCUUUAAUGUUCCGGAGCGGCUGGGCAUGUCCAGCGGCAGCAGGUUGGUUCUACACUGUUGCGCCGCCCUGGCAACGAUUUAUCUGUUCAAUAGCCUGCUUGCUGCAUUGCAGACUGAUAUACACUUGGAGGUGGAACGAUGUGGGAGAAUUUUUGGUUAA